AUGUCCUUAAACCGUAUCUCAUUCCUGGAAGGAUGGGAACGCAACCCCGCCGCCUUCUUGAACAAGCCGGAUGACACAGACACAGAUUCCGACGAUUACCAAGAUCUACCUGAUGGGUCCGUGGCAUCAUCAUUCCCCUCAACCUACAGCAGACUGAAUUUCAACCCGUACGCGGGGCCCGGGUGGAACGAGAGUCCAGACGAUCCACAUGACGAUCGGUCUUCGUUCCUUGGUCCCUCGUUCCUGGGCCUGUCCCCCACCACUACGCGGGAACCUCGUGCAGGCUCACCUGUACGAGUACCUGAGAGACCGGGAUUGGUUGAUGCGCCUUGGGCGCUAACAACGGGUGCUUACGAGGUGAGCGCCACGAGGAGAAUCGCCCAGGUUUGCACGGCAGUCAUAUACUGCUUCCUCUCCGCUGGGGUUGUCUUCGGAUUCGCGGCGCUGAAACCUGUCCUCAUCCGCGAGAAGGUUUAUCGCACCCUCUGCUCCCAAGCGGAGCUGGAUAGGGAUGUCGAAGUCUGCAAUGGGCAAGAAAUCAGGCUUAACCUGAUGUUCACCAUUGCUGCUGUAGUAACAAAUGUCUCAGCCCUGCCCGUUGGAACCAUUUUAGAUGCAUACGGUCCCCGAGUCUGCAGCAUAAUCGGAAGCGUCUGCUUGACGAUAGGUGCCGUGCUUUUUGGGACUGCGGAAAAGCUCUCUUUCGAUGGAUACAUCCCAGGAUACCUGUUUCUGGCACUGGGUGGACCAUUCAUCUUCAUUCCGUCGUUCCACUUAUCCAACACAUUCCCCAGACGCUCUGGUCUGAUUCUAUCGAUGCUAACUGGGGCAUUCGACGCCUCGAGUGCCCUAUUUUUGCUGUUCAGACUGCUGACCGAACGCACGAAUCUUGUAUCCAUCAACAACUUCUUUGCUGUCUACCUCGUUGUCCCGCUUUUCAUCAUUGCAAUGCAGAUAUUCCUCAUGCCCGCGAAAUCAUACAAAACCACCGGCGAACUCGCUCUACAAGCCGAAGCUCAAAUCGCAGAAGAAGCCCUGGACCACACAGAUGAAACACUGGACCCCAGCGAAAGCGAACGUCAGCGCGAACAUAGACGACGCCGUCGACAAAGCCUCGUUGGCCACAUCCAAAGUUUACUGGACGAAAACACAUCUGUUGUUUCUAUUGACAGCCCAUCGCAAAACAAACCCAUUGCGACGAUCACGCCUGCCCCCACGGGUGUCUGGGGCGUACUCCAUGGGCACAGUGCCCUUUCCCAAAUCCGCACGCCCUGGUUUAUUCUCAUCACCGCAUUCACGGUCCUGAUGAUGUUACGAAUAAAUUACUUUGUAGCAACCCUUCACUCUCAAUACACCUACCUUCUGAAUGCCCACCUCGCCAAAACCUUGAACACGACUUUUGACAUUCUUCUCCCAGUUGGUGGCCUGGUAUCCGUCCCUUUCAUCGGCACGUUCCUGGACGUCUUCCAGACUCGCACUGUUCUGGCCAUUCUAGUCCUAACUGCCACGGUCAUUGGUGUCCUUGGAUGCAUCCCCCAGCUCGCAGCGGCGUAUGGGAAUAUCAUUCUUUUUGUGCUCUACAGGCCAUUCUAUUAUACGGCUGUAUCCGACUAUGCUGCAAAGGUGUUUGGGUUCGCAACAUUUGGGAAAGUCUAUGGUCUCGUCAUCUGCCUAGCGGGGAUCGGAAACUUUGCACAGGCGGGACUUGAUGCGCUUACCUUGAAGGUCUGGGAAGGUGAUCCUGUCCCUGUCAACAUCGGACUUACGGUCUUACUUGCGAUUGUUGGCGCGGGACUAGUUGUGUUUGUGGUUUGGAAAACCAACGAGAAGAAAGGAACUGGUGAGGCUGAACCUCUGUUAUACGGGGAGGGGAGGAGGUAUGGGAUUUGA